AUGCCUUCAAUAUUUGCAUUAAAUGAUCCCAAUAAAAACUUCUUCACACAUAUUGGUGAAGAAAAUCUCAAAUUCAUAAGCUCUCAACUCAAUCAAAAGGAUAAGCUAAACUUGGCCAAGUGCAGUACUUUAAUUUAUAGGCAAAUUAUUCCUAAACUUUAUGAAAGUAUCAUAAUUGUUAUUAGUUAUAAUGGUAAGAAUAUAUCACAACAAACUAAAGUUCCAUUUGUUUAUUCUAAUGAUGUUUCAAUAAUUUCAAGCAGAUUAGCAUUAAAGAAAUUUUUCAAAACUGUUAAUAAAAACAUUUUGGAUUAUAAUAAACGUAUAAAAUUUUCACUUUUAAUUAAAUUAUUUCAUGUUUAUUUUUCCAUGGUUCCCAAGAAUCAUAAAUUUAUUGAUUUAAAUUCAAAUGAUACUUUCAUUUCAUUAGAAAAUUUUGAAGAUACAUUUAUUGAUUGUUAUGAAUAUUCUCAUGAAUCAAAUAGGAAAUUAAAUUCAAUUCCAAAUAUAAUUGUUAUAAAUUUAUUAAAAUUAACUUCAAAUUUAUCAUUUUGUCAAGAUAUUUCUUAUCCUUCUUCAAUUUAUACAAAAUUAUAUCAUAAUACUCAAUGUUAUGAUUUUAUCAAAAGGAAAAAAGUUGUUCGUGGUAUUGAUUCAAAUAUAAGUACUUAUUAUAGACAAUGGCGUGAAGGUGAAUUUUUACUUGAUUUGAAAAAAAUUGGAUCUGGAUUAAAAUUUACAUUUUUACAUUUAACCACAUUAAGAUUAUCAUUUGCUGAUCCAUUUAAUGCUAAAAAAAUAUUGGAAUUAUGUAAUUCAGAUAUACUUAGAACUUUAACUUUAGAUCAUUUAAAUUGUGCAUAUACAUGUCGUGAUAGUGUUUGUUCAAGUUCAAGAAAUUUAAAUAAUGAACAAAUGAAUAGGAAAUUUGAAUUAUAUGAACAAUUUUUCCAUAGUUCCAAGAUUACAAAAAUUUUUAAAAAUUUAAAAAAUUUACAAAUUAUUACACAUAAUGGUUAUAAUAGAAUUUUAUUUAGACAAUUUUUAUAUUGUAUUUUUAAACAUGUUGUUAGAUAUAAAGUUGGUGAAUUUGGACCUGGGAAAUUAAAAUUAAAAUCAUUCCAGAUUAGAGAAUCUACAACUGAUUUUAGUAUUGUUAAUCAAGUUGAAAAUACAUUUUCAUCAAAUCCAUAUGUUAAAAGAAUGGCAUUUGAUAAUCAUCAUUCAAGUACAUUAACCAUAUUAACUGAUCUUUUAAAAAUUUCUCAAAGCAAUGUAUCAAUUUUUGAUAUUUUAGAUUUUAAUUAUUUACAAAAUUUUACAAUAUUUGCAAGAUGUUUACCAAAUAUGAUGUAUCGGAAAAGAUAUGAAUAUGAAAUUGUUAAUAAAUUCAAAAGAAAAAUGAUGAAACAAACUUCUAAAUUGAAAAAUAAUAUUUGUAUUCGUAUAAAAGUUGAUUGUUAUGAUAAAGGUUUAAUGAUUCCAAGAGAUGUUGUUUAUGAUGAUGUUGAUACUGAUGAUGAAGAAGUUAGACUAUCAUCUGAAGUAAAUGAUAGUAAUGGCAUAAAGAUGAAACAGAUUAUUCAAUCUGUGGUGACUCGUAAUUAA